AUUUAUUGAUGGUUUCUUUGUUUUCUUUCUCUAUACAAAAUCAACCCACUGUGCAAUUGUCAAUCAAAAAAUGACUAUCCAUAAUUACAUUUCUUUUGUUGGGCAUUAAAUAUCCGCCACUAUAAAUAGACCAUGGUGACGUAUGUCAUCGCUUUAGUUCUUAUUGGAAUUUCAUUGCGUAAAUUCAGAUUAAGGCAAUCACGUCAUUCAAAUGGAUAAAUUGGCUUGCAUCAUAUUUGCUCUAAUAGCAUUGGUUCAAGGCUAUCCCACCUUGGUGAAACAGGAAUUGUCGGUGAACACGGUGGCCGAUGUUAUUCAGGUCAUACCAUCGGCUGUAAGCCAUCAAAGUCAGACAGUGGUUCAUGGCAAUGCAAAUACUGCCAUAGCUCCCGCAGUAGCUGUCGAAGAGAACCAUGAGGUGCCUGUGGUUGUGGGCAAAUCAUCCCCAGUGAUUGCUUCCGAUGUUAGUUCUUCCUUGGCUCCUGAACAUAGGGCAGCUGUUGAUGCGGAUAUUCCCAAUCUUAAGGAGCAGUCAUCUGGUUCAACUGAUGAUAAUACUGAAGUUGUAGCUGCUAUAGAAACUAAAUCUGCUCCCGAUAGCCCUGAGAGUCCAGUUAUGGCAGAUUCUGCGGAUGAUAAACCAAUGGUCAAGGAGAAUACCUCUGUUUCAGAUUCUAAUGUUUCAGAAGCUGCAUCUGUGGCAGAAUCAGUUACUCCUAUGGAAACUGCAGCGACUGUUGAUCCCGCUUUGAAUUUGAAAACAGUAGCGGAUCAAAAUGUUGACACUGCUAUUAUAACUCCUGCUGCGUCUACAUCGGGUAUUGUUCUUCCACCUUCGGAAAUUUCUUUCCAUGGCGAGCCUCUCCUUAGGAGUCUAACAGCCUCAGGCUCCUUGCAGUCAUUUUUGGAGACACCAAUAACUUUUGUACAUUAACAUGAUACUUAAGAAAGUGUAAAUAAAACUUUUGAUAUUUUAUAAAGAA